AUAACAGAAUACACAACCGAAAAUGUCAGCAAUGCGUGCAACUUCUCUUCUACGUGCCACACGUGCAAAUGCCGCCAGAUCGAUGACAAUGUCCGCUCAACGUAACCUUUCCAGCAUGGUUGUUAAGCCAAGCUUCGUUGGACGGCAAUUGAGCAGAUCAAGCGGAAUGUUGAAGGUACCUGCUUUCCAAACUCGUGCAUACGCUGCCAGCUCAGGAUUGUCAAACCAAGAGAUCCAAAAUCGUAUCUUUGAAGUUCUCAAGAGUUUCGAAAAGGUUGACCCUGCAAAGAUCUCCGCUUCUGCUGCUUUCACUACCGAUUUGGGAUUGGACAGCUUAGACGCCGUUGAAGUUGUUAUGGCAAUCGAAGAGGAAUUCUCCAUCGAUAUCCCUGAUGCAGAAGCCGACAACAUCACUUCCGUUCAAGAGGCUAUCGACUACAUCUCCAAAACACCUUCAGCACACUAAAUGAAUCGUAUGGUAUGCUUCUGGCAUGGUCUACACUAAUCAAUCAUAUUCCUUGCAUGAAUCAAUAUACGGUACUUAAAGAAGAGAACGGCUGUCAUGAGUGCUUGAGAUAGUAUUGUCGGCGAAGAGGUUGGAAUACAGGUGGUGGAUAAUCAUGCUUUUCGCAUGCUUUGACAAGACCGCAGAGGAAGAUGAUGUAUCAUCAAGGCACACAUGGAAGAAGGGACAGAGCUUGAUGAUGACUAUUGGCUGCUUAUUGGUGUCCGCAAAGGUCCUUAUUCCAUCUCCGCAAGGUGCUCGCCUCAUCAUGUGAGAGUUCCUAUGAUAUGUGUGAAGGCGAUGAUGGGAUGAGAGACGAGCUCUUAAUAGUAUCUUCAGAUAAGUGUUUCAGCCUUAUUAGAAGUUUAGUGUGUCAGUCCG